AUGUCAGCUUCAAGAAUAAUCUAUGAUUUACAGACCAUUAAGAAAAUUAGUGGAGAUGGAGUAGGAAGUAGUAGAGGAGAUGGAGUAGGGGAAUGUAGUAGUGGAGGAGAUGGAGUAGGUGAAUGUAGUAGUGGAGAUGGAGUAGGGGAAUGUAGUAGCGGAAAUGGAGUAAGGGAAUGUAGUAGUGGAGGAGAUGAAGUAUGGAAAUGUAGUAGUGGAGGAGAUGGAGUAGGGGAAUGUAGUAGUGGAGAGGGAGUAGGGGAAUGUAGUAGUGGAGAUGGAGUAGGGGAAUGUAGUAGUGGAGGAGAUGGAGUAGGGGAAUGUAGUGGUGGAGAUGGAGUAGGGGAAUGCAGUAGUGGAGGAGAUGGAGUAGGGGAAUGUAGUAGUGGAGAUGGAAAAGGGGAAUGUAGUAGUGGAGAGGGAGUAGGGGAAUGUAGUAGUGGGGAUGGAGUAGGGGAAUGUAGUAGUGGACAUGGAGUAGGGGAAUGUAGUAGUGGAGGAGAUGGAGUAGGGGAAUGUCGUAGUGGAGAUGGAGUAGGGGAAUGUAGUAGCGGAAAUGGAGUAGGGGAAUGUAGUAGUGGAGAUGGAGUAGGGGAAUGUAGUAGUGGAGAUGGAGUAGGGGAAUGUAGUAGUGGAGAUGGAGUAGGGGAGAGGAAAGGGGUUUCGUUAUAA